AUGGGUACAUAUCGCGUGGCUAGACAUGUGUUGAUAUUUUGCUCGAUAAAUCUCUAUUUGAUGAGACCUAUUGUCGCAGUGUUCUGUGAUUUUGGAGAUCCGCAUGGAUUACUUAGCAACAAUGCUCUCGCCAGAUGCUACAUGGAUAUCGACAACAUUGCGUCCGUGAUAUUGAUAUGCCCACGACGAAUUAACGACGCGGACUACAUCUUGCAUCCUCAACCAACGGCAGAUGAUCGGUCUAUUGUAAAUACGUACGCAAGUGAUUAUGGUGAAUUUCGUUCCGUUCCCCUUUCGGAUGUAAUAAAAACUGAAUCCGGGAGCAAUCUUGUAUGGUUUGGCUCCAAGGAGUCACAAACCGAAUUACAUUUCAAUUUCCCAAUUCAUGAAUUAUUCGCCAUAACUAAACGUUAUUUGGUCUUCAUUUGCGGCCCGCGAGAUUUAGUUUUAAGUGAUGCGCUGAAACGUCAUCUUGUCCGCAUCAAUAGCAGUCGCUUCUUCGAGAAAUUUCCUUGGACUCCAGCCGAACCAUUGACUAACGAGAUAUAUCAGAUAGGAAGCGGAUUGGGUGUACUUGUUUUGUACAGAGGGCAGAUGCAUGUGCCUUUUCAAGGCUGUGGCAGCCGUCCCUCUACACUGUUCGCUCCGGAUGAGGUGACUGUGGACCCUGUCACAGGUACCCGUUCAUGUUCGGCAACUCCCAUGUCUAAAUCGCCUAUUGGGUUUGUUUGCGAAGAUCAAAUUCAGCCCGAGAAUUGUAUGAGAUUCCUCCUAGAUAAGGAUGGCAGCGUGGUGAUUACUCCCGAACCGUAUCCGUAUUGGGAUAUCAAAAACCAUGGGCCUUGGGUGGUGGCGCGAUAUUUCGAUGACUUAGCACUGCCCCCUUUCCACGGCGAAUGCAGGUGCAUAAAUUCCGAAACGGGUCGGCUGAAGGCCAAGAUUGAGAUUCUUUCGGAAACCGAACACGUUUGUGACAUUACCAGCAAAAUCUUCCGCAAUCGUCUGCGACCCAUCAGUGGCCCUUGGUGUGCUGUUGUCCUUCACCCAGGCAGCACGUUGACCAUAAGGUUUCCAAUACCUCUUGUAGAGCCGGCAUUUAUGUAUGAGGAUUCUCCGGAUGUCCCAUUCUCCCAACUGCCGUCCGCCUAUGAAUACGAAACCGAAUUCCUGCCGAAUAAUUUGGCGACUAUGCGGCAACUGAAAUCAAUUCAUGACAUUGAUGAUUACGAUGAAGUCGGGUACAAUGAAACCAUUGCUGGCGAUGCCCUCGAGCUGGAUGUCUCCCAAAUGUCCCGUGGGGAGGUGAAGCUGAAGUAUCAUCUCGACAAACCGCUUGCAUUACGAACAGGGUUAAACUCGUUUGUAUAUCACUGGACAUUAAAAUCUAGGAACAUGUAUGUCUCGGAUCAAAUUCGCGCCAUCGUUGAGGUGACAUUUGCGUUCAACCAUGAGUACACAAAGCUGGGUUGUGAUAGGUACCAAAGACAAGCGUUCGAUCAGCGCCUGAGCAGGAAUUAUUGCGCAACUAAACGGAUGGGAAAUGGCAUAGGGGAUGUUUACGAAUGCUCGCUACAUCUUUGGAGGGACGCUUGGAGGGCUGGCAUUUAUUGCAGAUCUGAUGAGAAGUUGUUGCCAGCUAACUGUAAGUCUAAAGGUUACUAUCUGUACUCCAAUAAUAUUAUACGUUUUCCCGUGUCUGUGCGAAGUGCUUUGCCUUACCCUAUUAGAGGUUUCCAAGUUUUCAAUUUUGACUUUAGGCACGAUAUCCCUGUGAGUUACGCUUGUAUGUGUGUCGAUAGCCGUGGUUACGAGACUGCUAAGCUUGUUUUGGAACACAUCCAUGAAGAAACUCAUACAUACAAAGUACGCCGUGAAGGGGCGUCUAACAUGUUGUUUUCUUACGUGUCGUUUCCCUGGCACAAGACCACACUAUUGCUUGAAGGAACGGAAUAUACAUAUAUGAUUGUACUUAGGAGCAUAUCCAAAAAGUCCAUAAAACUAGACGUGGGUACAAGACUGUCCAUCACCUGUGGUCUAGAUCCCUACGAUCAUACCAUUGCAAGCAAUGGAAAUGUAACAACUACAUGGCUGCCAAGCAUGCCUAACGAAUUUCAUUAUAUUGUCGCCCAUACGUCACAAGGACGUAAACUUAUUGCGAAACUACACGGGGAUGCCAUUGCUGCGACGCCUGCUGGGUUCGAAGUCGUUGACAAUGAUUUACCGGCACAUCAGGAGUUGACUAUCACAUCGCAUAGAAGUGCUAUUUUGGUAUCAAAAGACCCACUUCACAAAAAGUAUGUCCCCAUGAGGUUUGUAUGCGGCAAGACGCUCAAUUCGUCGGAUUUGUCCAUAGUCACUGGUAACGCGUCAGGAAUUCCCAUUCGCCGCAUAACAGAAGCAUCUUCACGAUACACCUGGAACAUCGUUAAGGUCAAAGUGGAGACCACGGACCCUUACAUGCAGGGCUGCGGCGUUACAUACGAAUCCACUGAGUUGUUCAAGCCUGAGACACCCAAGCUCUACGAUGCUGACGGAGAGCCUCAGUUCGGUUGCAAGAUAGACAUUCAGGCUGCGGGCGAGGCGGCGUUCUACUGCCCAGCACCAUACGUCCUGGACCCACCCGAAUGCUUCUACCAAGUAUCGGUGAACGGUGAAGUAAAGAACCUGGUAAACAUCAGCCAGUCUUUGGUAGCGUCACAUUCCAAUCACUUUGUUAUUUUGCGGUUCGACGGUGAACUCAUUGGACCUGUAGAAACGCUGCUCCAGACGCCGCCGUUGGAGUGUCGCUGCGUCACCAUAAAAGGCAUCGUUCUCUCCACCAUACAUAUCAAGAAUUACUACGCCAAGUAG